GCGAUCAGACGGGAGCUGGAGUUGUGCGGGGAGGGAGGAAGGGAGGGCGAGUCCCAGCGCCCGCUCUGAGGGUCGGCUUCCUCUCCCCCUCCCGUGCGGGGCGGGGUGGUGCGUUCCGAGUUCCCAGGAGUUCGAGGCGGGCGGGUGCCUGGGGGAGGGGAGUGGCGGCGGCGGCGGCUGCGGGCGGCUCCCGCCUCAGCCUCGGCAGUGGCGUCGGCGACGGCGGAGUCGAGGCAGCCGUGAGCGCUCGGCUGAGUGUCAGCCGGCGGCGACGGCUCAAGAACUGGGAGUUGGGCACCCGCGCGCCGGACCUUCCGCCGCCGCCGCCGCCGCGUCGCGCCGCGGCCGCUGCUGCCGCCGCCCAGAGCCUAAGGCGCCGGGGCCUGGGGAGCCGGGGGGUGGGCGAGCGAGCGGGCCGGGGGGAGGGUGGGGGAUGGCGCGGACCCCGGGGCCGGCCCCGCUGUGUCCCGGAGGCGGCAAAGCACAACUUUCCUCCGCUUCUCCCCCCGGGGCCGGACUCCUGCUGCCGCCCCCGACGCCACCACCGCUACUGCUGCUGCUCUUCCCGCUGCUGCUCUUCUCCCGGCUCUGUGGUGCCUUAGCUGGGCCAAUUAUUGUGGAGCCACAUGUCACAGCAGUAUGGGGAAAGAAUGUUUCAUUGAAGUGUUUAAUUGAAGUAAAUGAAACUAUAACACAGAUUUCAUGGGAGAAGAUCCAUGGCAAAAGUUCACAGACUGUUGCAGUUCAUCAUCCUCAGUAUGGAUUCUCUGUUCAAGGAGAAUAUCAGGGAAGAGUCUUAUUUAAAAACUAUUCACUUAAUGAUGCGACAAUUACUCUACAUAACAUAGGAUUUUCUGAUUCUGGAAAAUACAUAUGCAAAGCUGUUACAUUCCCGCUUGGAAAUGCUCAAUCCUCUACAACUGUAACUGUAUUAGUUGAACCCACUGUGAGCCUGAUAAAAGGGCCAGAUUCUUUAAUUGAUGGAGGAAAUGAAACUGUAGCAGCCAUCUGUAUCGCAGCCACUGGAAAGCCAGUUGCACAUAUUGACUGGGAAGGUGAUCUUGGUGAAAUGGAAUCCACUACAACUUCUUUUCCAAAUGAAACGGCAACAAUUGUCAGCCAGUACAAGCUGUUUCCAACCAGAUUUGCUAGAGGAAGGCGGAUUACCUGUGUUGUAAAACAUCCAGCCUUGGAAAAGGACAUCCGAUAUUCUUUCAUAUUAGAUAUACAGUAUGCUCCAGAAGUUUCAGUGACAGGCUAUGAUGGGAAUUGGUUUGUAGGAAGAAAAGGUGUUAAUCUCAAGUGUAAUGCUGAUGCAAAUCCACCACCCUUCAAAUCUGUGUGGAGCAGGUUGGAUGGACAAUGGCCUGACGGUUUAUUGGCUUCAGACAAUACUCUUCAUUUUGUCCAUCCGUUGACUUUCAAUUAUUCUGGUGUUUAUGUCUGUAAAGUGACCAAUUCCCUUGGUCAAAGAAGUGAUCAAAAGGUCAUCUACAUUUCAGAUGUCCCAUUUAAGCAGACCUCUUCCAUAGCCGUAGCUGGAGCUGUAAUUGGAGCUGUCCUUGCUCUUUUCAUCAUUGCUGUCUUUGUGACUGUCCUGCUGACUCCUCGAAAAAAGAGACCAUCCUAUCUUGACAAAGUGAUCGACCUUCCACCCACACAUAAACCACCUCCCAUGUAUGAAGAACGAUCUCCCCCCUUGCCUCAAAAAGACCUUCUAUAUCAGACCGAACACCUGCCUUUGCAGACUCAGUUCAAAGAAAGGGAGGUUGGCGGUCUCCAGCACUCUAAUGGACUAAAUAGGAGGAGAUUGGACUAUGAAGAUGAGAGCCCCGUGGGGGAAGAUGGGAUUCAGCAGAUGUACCCCCUUUACAGUCAGAUAUGCUACCAAGACCGGAGUCCUGGCAAACAUCGUCAAAGCAACGAGCCCGAGAGAGCCUACAUCAACCCGCGAGAACAUUACGUGUGAUUUCCCUCUCUUUCCAGUGGAUGUCCUGACAAACAUUUUAUCUUAAAUUGGGGAGAGAAACUGAGGUCAAUGGUUAUCAUUUUAUUCUCUCUCGUAUAAAACAAUCCCAGUUUACCUGUAUCAGAAGUCGUGAUGAAUGGCUUGGAGCCAAUAGCCAAUUUCUUUCCUUCCUUAAGAGUUUCUUAGCCACCAGCUGUGUUUGUGAACUUGUUUCUGUGAUGAUAGUGUUUAACCACUAAUAUUUGGCCGACGGCAUGUUCGUUAAACGUAGAACAUCUGCCCGUGAUGGCAGCAGUGAUUCUCCAGAAAGAAAGGCCCCAGCUGGGACUGUUAGCCUGGCUGAGUUUUAGGAAGGCCAGCCUGUUCAUCUGUAACUCAAAUGAGCAGAAAAAAGAGUUCAGAAUCCAUCUCCCUAAUUAUUUCUCUGGGACUUGGCUUUCCCUAACAUGCUUAAUGCAAUUACAGUACCUGUGCAAACAGGAGGCCUGAGGAAAGAGGCAAAAUUUGCUUUUUAUCCAAAAACAAAAACAACAACAAAAAAGCAGUUGAAACCCUCAAGCCUGUUGGUUGCUUUUGAAAGUCUUGUGAUAACUGCAAUCUGUGUUCUUUCUGGAUCGCUAAGGUCCUGAGGGAUACAUGUUUUGUGCUGUUCACUGCCUAGCCUGGAUUAGCUGCUUGCUCACCAAGGUUCUGCUCUGUUGUUCCCACACUUCUGUUCUUUCCUAGCCAGAUUAGCCUGUUUCCCACCUAUUCCAUUCUAAAAGCCUUGUCUACCUGGUGGACAGACUUGAGCCCUGUCCCUCUUUUCUGUAGGAUUGUAUAUGACAAGCUUACCUUUGCCUUCUGAAAUUCCUGUCAAACUAAUCCUAUCCACAAAGGCUUCCACUGCACUCACGCUUCUUCAGACUGCUUCUCAUCCAAGUUUUAUCUACCUCAGAAAAGCCUGCUGGAAAAUCACCGUGAAAUAACUCCUGCUCUUAAAAGCCAGGUAGAAAAUGUGAAAAAAAAAUUUUUUUAAAGUGCCACUCCAGUAUGGCCUAUAUGCUCGACCCCCAUGUUGCCCUUGAUCCUCCCACCCGCUCUUACCUGGUCAAGAACAGGAGCGAAGGGAUGCUAAAAAGCGAAUUGUGUAGUGACUGACUUAGCAGUGCAGCACUCUGGUGCCUGCAAACAGCCAUCUUGAGUUUUCUCACCCUCUUUGCCAAGGUAGCCUCCCUGAGAUUGAAGGUAGUGAUUUUCGUGGUGUGAGCAGAGGAGGGGGCCCAGGUACCCUCCCAAAUGUCGAUCACUCCCCUCGCAUCUUAAGGGAAGCGUUGUUUUCCUGCGUGUUCGGGAGGAUGAGAGGUAUGUCACAGAUACGAAAAACACUACAGACUUGCUGUAUAGUAGGAAAGAAUGACAUAAGUACUAAUAAAAGAGUUCACGCUUCCAGCCGAAGUUUCGGGUGUAGAGGGGAACAGGAGAAUAUGAAUAUAGACUUCAAAUGAGAUACCAAAGAUACCUUGCGAUUCAUGUGCCUGCUCUGGUUCCUGCUUGUGUGUUUGUCUCCUUUUUCUAGGUGCCACGCUCGUUCAGACAAGUUAUCCAGGUUAUUCUACAGUAGUCCCACAGUCUGCCCCUGUUGCCUGGGGGACCGACGGUUCUGGGCGAAAAGAUGCUUAAACUCUAACUCAGUGCUUUAGCAAUUGACAAGGCUAUCUGGUCACGUGGAAUUAAAGGGUAAACCCCAAGGACCCUCCUCGCUGUUGUCACUGUGCUACCUCAGUUAGAGUUUGCUGCCCUUUUUUAGCAAGAUGACGCUGAAAGAACGUAUUUGACUUUAUUACCUGCGAUCCCAUCAGUGAACAGUGUAGCUGAAGGUGGAGGAGUCCCCACAAUUGUUUCCCAACAAGAGAGAGAUGGCUCUGGUCAGCUCUCCUUGAGAGAGAAGCAGUUUUUGUAAAUCCUAGAUGUUGCAGAGGAAGAGAUGUGGUGCCAUGACACUACCAUUAGAAAGCUUUAAAAAGACUUAACACAUGAAGGAUGGUUUCUAGGCUCCUUCCGGGAAGGGGGUUGCUGAUUAGCAUCACAAAAAUUCAUCUUGGACCUUGGGUAGGGGAGGGGAGUAAAGAUUUCUUCAUUUUGCUAAAUUUAGAAGGGCUGGAUGGUUUUAGGAGCCUAGGGGCCUAUCUUCAGAGCCCUAUAAAAUUUUUAACAUUUUGAUGUCAUUACAGGAAAGAAAUUUCAGGGUGUAGACAGCUCUCUUAUAGCCACCAACCUCCUAGCUUCUCUGUCAGCUUCAAUAGUUCUUGAAUGAAUCAGUAGGUUUUAUAGCUGUUGUUCAUGGGUCAGAUAGCUAUAUACUUCUUUAUCCCGGUGUCUCCCGUUUGUUCUCUCUGAAUACUGAGUAGAACGGAAAGGAGCUUUAAAAGGGUUUGAUCAGCCAGUCCCCUCAACCAAAAAAAUGCCAUCUGAAAUUAGCCUGUCAAUCUCUACAUUUAGACUUGAUGAUGGCUAUUUAAAUUUGGAAGUUAGGCCCUUAAAGGUCAAUGAGUGUUAUAAGCCGCAACUGAUACUAGCUACUCUUCCCAUAACUGGUUUACUAAAACACACUGAAACAGAAAUAAAUCCCCAGAGCGCUUACCCACUUAACGGUUGCAGCUGAUCGUUUUUUUUGGGUGGGGACGUGCUCCCUCUCAGACCUGCAGCCCCAGAGUCCUGCGGGGUGUAGGCAGCCCAGGCUCCAGGAGUGUGCAUCAUCGCCGUGUCAUCAGGCUCUUCGCACACCACACCUCUGUACUGUCUAGGGUUGCUCUAACAUCAUGGGAUAAUUCUCAAUGGCAGAAAAUUAAUUGAGAUUAAUUCUUCAAUGGCAGUUAUUUGCCGCUCUUCUGUGAGGGUUCUCCCAUCCUUGGCCUUCUCGUAUUUUCUAAGUUUGAAGAAGUCUAUGCAUUUUGGACUUGGAACAUGAAAUUCUUAACCUGUGCUAGACCUCCCUGUAAUACACACAUGGUAGAUAGUGAAGAAAUAAAUGCCCUAUAAACUAAAUGAACUAGUUCCCUCGUAAAUCCUUCAUGGCCUCAUGUACUCACAAGGACAGCACAAUUUCUUUGUCGAUCUUUUGCGGAUAUAUAUUAUCCUAAUUUCUCUUUCAUAGUAAUCUGAAAGUCACUUUCAUUUUUCAUUGUAGCCUUUUAUUCCCUGGGGUAUCGAGAACAGACCAUAUGCCAAGAAUUAAAAGAACAGAUUCUACUCCCAACUAACCCCUUUCUAGCCAUGAAAACUUGGGCAAGUCACCUGACCUCACCAGGGCCUCAGUUGCCCACUAUCCAUAAAGCAGAGACUUUACCCAGCCUCUCCAAAAUGUGAGGGUUAAACAAGAUGAUGAUGGGAAAUUAGAAGUUCUCUUCCAAUCGAAAAGUCCUUUGACUCUAUUAUGAUUAAAUGUUGGACCUAAACUUCUAAAACCUUCACCAGCACUGGGAAGAACCAGUGGUAACCCGAGAACUUCAAUUUGACCCAGUCUGAGUAUAGACGAGUGCCAGUAGGACUUGCACUUUAUUUUACGAUAACACCGAUUUUGUCUUAUGGAAAGCUUCGUAUCUGGAGCUUAGCCUCUUAAGCUUGGUCUAAAAUUGCAGGUGCCUGUUGCCAUAGCCAGUGGUUGCUUUUAGUUUGCAGACUACUACUAAUAACAGCUACAUUAGUGAGUUUUUGGUAGAGACGGGAUUCCAGGAGAAGCCGCUUACCUGAAUCCCCCAUGGACAAGGACCACACUCCUGUGUCGACCCCUCUCCGGGAGCCCCUGUGGGGAUGGAAAGCCCCACACCCCUGUGCUGCACACUCACAGACCAUUCCUGUGCUGCACACUCACAGACCAUUCCUGUGCUACACACUCACAGACCGUGCCAAUCGCUGGCCAGCUGUGACUUCUUUAAAAUCUGCUGCUGGGGAGAGGAGUUAGGGAAUACAUUUUCUUGAUUGUUUUUUAGCGGAGAUCUAAGAAAAUACACAGGAGAAAACCCGUAAGAAAUGUUUAUUAAAAUGAAAAGAAGCACACGUGCUCAUUUUUACUUAGCUUUUGAACUUCUCAAAAUGCUCAGAGAGUCUUACAUCUGUUAGAUUAACUGGAGCUGCAAAAACAAUCCAGUACUUAAAGCCACCGCAUCCCAGUUGGUUUAGAAUAAUUUGGGCCCCAGCAUCGGAACACCUCUGCCUUAGUUCUUUGAUGCACUGAUUGCUGUUUGCUGUGUCCCACCUUUACUGAACUCCCAGGGAGAGGAGGGUAGAUGGAAGACUGGCUAGAUUUGGUAGAAAACCAGAAGAAGAAUAGGAGGACUAUGAGGUAGAAAUGUCGGGGUCCCUGCCAGUGGCUCAGCCGUGUCCUUAGCUGACAAGAUUCUUCAUCCUUGGACUGUUUGCUGAUCUUCUAGGAGGACCCGGGACUUCCCAUUCUUCUGAUAAACUAGAAACUGCUAUUUGCAAGCCUAUUUGACUAUAGACUCUGCCUGGAUUACUGUUAUGAUACUUAGAAAGGAAUUUACAUUUUCUCCAUUAAAGAAAAUUGUCGUGAACUGGACUUGACCAGUUUGGUCAUUUGCAAGGAUUGGGGUGUUCUGGUAGCCUCCAGUAGGUAGAGGUGGGUGAGGGCUGCAGCUCAUCCCCCAACCUCACCAGGUGAUUCUUUACACUGAAAUCAGCUUUUAGACCAAUUUCUACAUCAUUCAUGUUUACAAGCAAGCAGGCAUCCUGUAACAAGUCAGCCUGUCCUGUAAGCUUGAAAAUGUCCCAGUUCUGUUCUUUUAGGGAACUCAACAGCAUCUUACGCAAAAGGUUUAUUAGAAGCAAAUCCAGUAGUAUUCCAGAAUGUUUAGUGUCAGGCGACCCAGUUCUGUUUUAACUGCUAGACACAGAAUAGGUUAGUAAUCAAGGGAUCCGGGGCUAGUGGGCUUACUUGAGUCUCCUAUCCUACUGAUGGGAGGCCUGGAGUAUUGGGCCAGUCCAUGUACCUUUAAUGCUAGUAAUUUGGCCAUUGAAAAUUAGCAUUUAUUCACAAAGUCUCUGGAGUUAAGCUACCGAUAAAACACUGGUGAUAGAAGCCUCUAAAGAGACUUUUUCAAAUGCUAACAGCCUUCUGAGGAUGUUAUCCGCCACCACCCACCCCCACCCCCCAGCAGGAUUCUUCGAAUGUUAACUAAUGGCUUCCAGGGUGUUUACUAGGACUAAUUAAAGAUUGCCAAAAUAAUUUCAAUUACAUAUAAUGUAACAGAAUUUGCUCAGGAUUCCUCAGGAUAUCACACCUGCUAACAUUUCUCCUUAGUGAGGACCUUUCCUUUCUUGGGGGGAAAGAGGCAGGGACGAUAUGUGUGAGAGACAGAGGGGAGUAGGGUCCACUUAAAAAUUUUUUUUUUUAAUUUUCCAUUCACACGCACAAAAGAACCCUCACAUCUGCAAACAUUUCACUCUUUCAGGUGCAUUUUAUCAUAUUUGCUUUAACAUUAUCUCUCCAAAAAAAAAGUUUAGGAGUAGGAAAAGAAAGGUUCUAUUUACUUUGAUGGUCAAAAUACAUAAAACAUUAGGGUUAUUUCUACUGCAUUUUCAUUACUAAGUUAGUUAUUCUCAAGUUUCAGUUUGACUGUGGCACCAAGUAAUCUAAAAUGAGAAAGAAUGCCGAAACCUCAGGUGACACUACGUACCGUUUUAUCAUCCAGUAUCAACUGAGAGCAUGAUGUGGGAGUUCCUUCCACAUCCCAGGGAGAAGGGAAGCUGCCGUGGAUAAAGAAAAGGAUUCUCCAUGUCAUCGUUUGGGAAUACCUCCCUUCCACUGGUCCACUCGCAGGAAUUUUCUAAUCCAUGUUUGGGGUCUAAGGCCGUGUUAUGUGUCAAGUUACCUACCUCCCUGCACUAAAAAGAACUAGCUAUAUUCUGUAUUCUUUACCAAACAGUUGCCCCCUUGAGGUUUUCCCCAGCAGGAUCCUUGGUAUCAUAGCCUGAACUGGUGGUAUUUAUCAUCACGACAUGGGAUUGAACUGUGACACCUAGAACGAAAGACUGCCUGGGAAUCCAGAAUAUCAGAUGUCCUACACGGGCUUAGAACUCUGACCCAUGCUACUAUAACUAUGUCCAAUGGCCAUGAAGAGAUGUUUUGUGAGUCUCCUCCAGAAGUUAGGAAUAUACCUCAAACAUCCCUAAAGUCCCAUAAUAACUCACAAUAGAUCUAUGAAGCCCAGGGUCAAGUGAUGGAAUGUCACUGUUUUGGCUUCUAACAAUGGUUCCAGAAACGACCAGUAUUCUUCCUUAACCCGCCCUAGCACGCUGAUCAGGCUAAUUUAAAUUCCUCUCUCAAGACAUGUUGAUAAACUCGGUGUCCCUCAUAUUCUGGCUACAGACAGCAGUAUUUUGCCCUCAAUGCGUUGGUUUGCACUUCCCCACACUGUGGCUCAGUAAUGCCUCUGCUUUUUCCCGCGGUCUUAUGAGAAUUUACUGCGUAUUCAAUACCCAGAAGAGCAUUUGCCAUCUUAGGUUUCGCUGUGUACUUGAAAUUCCAAGUCCUUUGUGUAAAAAAAAAAAAAAAAAAAAAAAAAAAGUUAAGUAGCUAUUGUGGCUACUGGAUCCCUGGACUAUUCCACGUGUCCGUGCAGAAAAGUUCCUGUUUAUCCUCUAUCUUCUGUUUCUACUCCUAAGCCAGUGCUUAAAGACAUGACGUCUGUUCCAGCCUGUUCCCUCUUGAAGUGGUCUUAACAUCUUCACUUCUGUAGUCUUCAGUCUUACCUGUAAGUUUGUACUCUGUACCUCACAUGACUUUAUGGAGGGACAAAUAAGAUACUUUGGGGUUGUCUUCAAGUGAGGUCCUACUUUUAAAGUUAUCUUAUAAAAUCCCCUGGGCUUAGAAAUGAGAAAUACUAUAGCUAUAAUUCUUUUCCUAUUCUUGUUUUGCUAUUUUUAAUUCUGGAAAGUGAUCUCUGUCUGAAUAGGCUUCCUCUGGUUUUAACUUUCUUCCCAUUAACCCUUUUUACAGUGAAGCUGUCCUCUCUCCUUAUCCAUUCUCUGAACUUUUUAUUUACAGAGCCAAAACUAAUUCUCCCACAGCAGAUCCCACCUACGUUUACUCCCACCAUUCAGCGAAUUAUAGUACAUAUGCAAACAUUUGGCUCUGUGCAUAAGUCAGAAGCUAGUCUAGUGAGACUUCACUCUGGCCCUGAGAAGAUCUGAUCAUGUGCCUCGGUUUCCCUGCAUAAACUGAGGUUAAUUCUGUUAUCUCACAGCACCUGCGGGUCGUGAGUCUUGGCUAGUAAGUGCUGGAAAGCAUCUUGCAGAUGUGUCCCCUACUACGUAAACAUGUAACAAGUAAUCUGGAGAGUCUUCAAGCAGAAAUGUAUUCUUGUACAGCUCAGUUCAGAAUACUAAUCUACCCAUUGUUUUCAAAUAAAAAUGUUUUACUAACCUGUUUUUCUCCUUUUUUCUUUUAAAAAUAUUUUUAGUAAAAAUUAGUUUCUGGGAAUUUGAACUAUGUAAAGAAAGAAACCAAUAGUAUAUAUUCUUACUUGUUAGAAAAUGCUCAAGUUGUAUUUAAGUGUUAAAACUAAAAGGGUUGCGUAACAAGGUAGUGGGGAAAGGACGAUUUUAGCUCAAAUGUGGCAAAAUAUAGAAAUACAAAAAUUAGUUUUGAUUUUGAGACUGUAUUAUAAAUAGUAGAGUUAAUGUGGUUGUUAUAGAUAUUCUUUAUUUUUAAGUUACCAGAAAUUACCUUUUAUUUUUGAACCGUAUGGUUCUUGACAUGUUUUGAAUAAAGUUUUUAUCAACUGAA